CCAUCCGUACACCUACCCUCAUCCAUUCCUGUCCAAAUUAUCUCUCUUUCUCUUUCGAUUUCUUUCUCUCUCCUACAAAUUAUUUCUUUCUCUGUUUCUCCUUCUCUCUCCUCCUCUUGCAUAUGACUAGCGCAGCAGUGCUAUUUUACGGCAGAAGGUCUCGAUCUUCUUCUCGAACCUUCGAUGAUUUAGGCUUUGGUUCUCCUCUUCUUCCUUCUCCUUUUUCCGCUUCAUCUUCAUCUUCUUCUACUUCUUCCGAUCACACCAACACUACCGUCACUGCCAAUCAUCGUCACCGUCAUCACCACCAUCAUCAUCGUAAGGUUGGUGAUCUUCAUCGUCGUCACCGUCAUGUCAAUUUUGAUGAUCAUUCCCCUCGCUCUCCUAUUCCGGGGAGCGAAUCACACCAACAAGGUUGUAAUGGCGACUGUUCUUCACGGGAAAUCAAUGACAGAGAAACCGUGCAUGGUCUGAGUGGAAGAUAUCAUCGAAACACCAUGCUUCCUGGGUCUGUUUUGCUUGCUAAAGAAAGGCUUGUUCAAAGAUUGAGAGGUGUAUCUGUUUCUGGAAACAGAGAAACAUCUCCUAGUCUUCCCAGCAAUCAUCAGCUUGUAAUUGGUGCAGAAUGGGAAACGGAUGUUUCAAGAGAAGAGCCAGCUGCAUAUAGAAAUUCACCUGAGUUACCUGUGGGAGCACAUCAGCCGUCUGCACUAAGGGAACCACAAAGGAAACCUCUAGGACUCACCAAAGAAGCCCUCUCCCAGUUGCAACAUGAUGUUUUUUUGGAGCAACAAAAGCCUGUAACUCAACCAAUGUCCAAAGCAUCAACUGAUUGCAGUAUUUGUCUGGAGAGCUUUGUGGAAGGUAACAAGCUCAUUAAUUUACCUUGCGGACAUAGAUUUCAUAGUUCAUGCUUGUAUCCAUGGCUUCAAACUUGCGGAGAAUGCCCGUACUGUCGUACUUGUAUUAUGUUCACUUCCUAGCUAUGUUGCACGGAAAAUGGCAGUAGUGAGCUUUGUAUGGGGUAGGUGAGAUUUGAACAGGGACGGUAGUAUUUGAAGUGGGGACGUCUUUGGAGGGGCGUUCCCAAGUAUUAUAUUCGGAACCUCCAAUGAAUCACUUGAAUAAUUUUCUUUGUUAUUAGCGUAAAACAAAUGCUUUUGCAAUGUAUAAGUAAUCUCUUCACUUUGCUUAUGAACUGUUUUUUAAGAACUAUAAUGUUUGCAUCAAGGCUAAACAACCCACUUUGCUUAUGAACUGUUUUAUAGGAACUAAAAUGUUUGCAUCAAGGCUAAACAACUAUUGCUUAUAUUACUUAGAUUGCUUUUGGUACCAAGUGGAUUGGGAUGAAAUUAAUGUAUAUAUUAUGCUCUUUUUUUCCCCUUUA